CCUGUCCGCAGCUCGCCUCGCGCUCCGUGAGCUGACAGCUCCGCCGCGCAUGCGCAGGGCGUCUCCACUGGCUCGCUCGGUGCUGAAGUUGGGCGGAUGGACGGAAAACACCGCUGAUGGAGAUAAAACGGCAGCAUGCAAUCUCAACGCGUGAUACCCCCGAUAUCCGCAUAAACACGUGUAACGACACCCUUUUAGAAGACUGACAUCUAGAACGAAAGGGAUGUCUUAUCCUGGAUCAUUUAGCCCUUGACUCAAGGAAAGGGUGUGCCUGCAAAUACCAGGUGUUUGAAACCUACCUCCACCCACCUCCUGCGUUCUCCAUCAGGCAUGAUAAGAGAAGAUACAAGAGGCCACGUUUUGUUUUCCAGCACUCUGCCCGUCUCAACGUUUGACAUUACAGUCAUGAUUUUCUUACCUGAUCUUCGGAUGGAUUGCUGCUAAUUUGCAUGCCUCAGAGUGUGAGCGGAGUUGAAAUGAGGAAAAGGCAGCAGGGACGCAUUGAAGGACCCCCACAGGCGCCUGGUCACCCGAGGCCCAACACCUGCUGUCUGUGUUGGUGUGGAUGCUGCAAAUGCCUCUGGAAUGAAGACAGAAGGGAACGUUCAGAGAGACAAACAUGUACAAAGAUGGAUAGCAUAGAAGCAACAGAGGAACAGCAUCCCACACUGGAUGAGGUGAUUGCCUGGUCACGGAGCUUUGAGAUGAUGAUGCGCUCUCCAGAGGGGAGGGAUGUUUUCCGGGAGUUCUUGCGGUCUGAGUACAGCGAAGAAAACCUGAUGUUCUGGAUCGCCUGUGAGGAGCUAAAGAAAGAAACCAACCCAUCAGCUAUCGAUGAAAAAGCCAGGAUCAUUUAUGAAGACUACGUCUCCAUUCUUUCGCCAAAAGAGGUCAGCUUGGAUUCACGGGUGAGGGAAGGCAUCAACCAAAGCCUGGCAGAACCCAGCAGUACGAUGUAUGAGGAUGCCCAGCUUCAGAUCUACACCCUCAUGCACAGAGACUCCUUCCCCCGAUUUCUCAACUCAUCUGUUUACAGGGAUCUCCUUAACAGCAAGAGGGCCUGCUUAGACACCUAGGUUUCGGCAAGAACAUUUGUGACAAAAAAGCCCCAAGGUGCCACUUUCAAAAGGUGUGAUGUUUCUUAUUUCAAGAGUGAGUAGUUAAGCAAUUCUGAGCAUCCACUAGUGAUCCUGAAGUUCAGUUCUGUUUAAGUGCCAAUACGAGCUGCUCAGGCAACUGUGACACAGGAAAAAAACGAAACAAAAAACGUGUAGGAAAUCUGACAGAUCCAUACUUCCUACUUUCAACUCACUUGUCUUUUUCAUUCACCUGUUUGGUCUCUCAAAUCUCCUCUCUCUUCCUGUUUACCUCACCUGUUCUCUUUCUCUCUGUGUUCUUUCUACCUGAUCCUUUUCAUCGUUUAUGCCUCGCAUAUCUGAGGACAGCUGAAUAAUGUUAUUAUUACUAUUAUUAAACUUUUUUUUUUUUUUUUUUUUCAUUUUUAAAGAAAAUCAAAAAACAACGGAUAAGCGGUAGAUGUUAAGCUAGAAAACCUUUGCAUGAUACAAGGUUAUGGAAUUUACUCCAGUUUGACAUUUAAGCCCCGGACUACAAUUUUUUUUUUUUUUUUUUUGGUUUUUGUUUGGUUUUUUAAAUAAAAAAAAAAUGUUUUUUAAUGCUGUCAUGGGGAGAGAACAUUGUAAAGCUCUCGUAAGCGAAGGGAAAAUUAGCUGUGCCAAUUGUUUUGUAAAAGAGACGCUGGGAAGCGUAAUCGCCGUCUUGCCGUCCAAACUCUUUCUUUGCGUGUCGACAGUUCUUUAACUGGGAAACAUAAGGGCUAGCUAGUGUUGUGAUUGGGCAGCUAAAUGAAUCAUGAACAUUUCUUUCUCUCUGCAAAAAUCACAAUGCCUCGACACUGAGUAAGGGCACAAAAGCUGCUGAUGUUGGUGACGCCACAGUUUAUUUUGUGAGUCCUCCUAGCCCCUCCCAGUCCGUUACUAACAGAGAGAAGCACAGGUACUGUAUGUCAUGGGCUGUAAGCUUCGCUGGAUUGAGCGAGAAUUGCUUGAAAAUCACUCACCUACAUUCUGGAGGUUCUUAAAAGAGCUUCGAAUUGUCUUACACAUUAAAGAAAUGUAUUUUAUUAAACAAAAGUGUAGUUAAACAACACUAUGCCUUGUUUUUGAGAGUUACACUAGGUCUAUUUAAAAUAACUGUGAUCGCCGUGAGACCUGCUCGAUGUGGUGGCGCGACGGAGUCGGAUCCAUCAGGGAAACUUUUCUCUGCCUCCGAGUCCGAAUGUGCGUUUUUGCCUCAAACGAGGAGCGGUCAUUUUCACAGCUCGGAAAACCGCAGGUUAUCGAGAAAAAAACAAACAAACAAACAAACAAAAAAAAGCAAGUCAGUCUUUUUUAUAAAACUUUUUUCCAGCAUGCGUUUCUUCUGUUGUGUCAUGUACACAUUGCAAUACUCAACCCAGAUACGGUGCGAACCUCUCCGGAAAGCGUCACGAUCAUCAAGAUGAUACUUACAAAAGAUGAUUUUCCUUUCGAGGUUUAGACGUGUGUCCCUCAAGAACGUGUGUCGUUGCAUUCAGACUUGAAUGUUGCUGUUCAAUUUUCUAGACAUUUAUGUGCUAUUGCAGUCGCAGCAGCCAGUGCAUGAGAACACGAUAUUUAAAAUACCGGUGUGUUAAACCACUCUCUCACCUUUUAGCGGAGAAAUUCAAGAGUGAAUUGCAUUUAAACCGACGUUUUUUGGUCACCACACCCAACCUCAAAGUGUCACUUUCCCUGAACUCUUGUGCCAACGAAUGAACGUUUGUUAAGUAAAUCACGAUUAAGUGUGUUGUUGUUGGGUUUUCUUACUGGUGCUCUGAGAGUUAAGUGCCAUUCACUCUGCAGGUUUACCACAUUAAAAUGAAGACCUUUGUCACUUUACCGAGUGCAUAGAUAUCCUUCUUUGAAGUAUUUGUGUGUGUGUGUGUGUGUGUGUGUGUGUGUGUGUGUGAGCAUCGGCCAAUGUGAGUAGGUCCUUUAUUUAUGUUGUUUUACAAUCCGAAUAGGUGUUACCUAGUAGUUUACUUACUGAAGCAAAGAACCAUCGUGGGAGGCUUGGCUUUCCAAGCCUUUCUAAAACAAAGUGAGUGAAUUUUCUUGUUUGUUUUAAAAAAAAAAAAAAAACAUGUCAUUAAAGAUAUGAGCAAUAAAUCAAAAUUGUCUUGCUCUUAAAAAAAAAAGAAAAAAGAAAAAAAAAAAAGACCCUGCAUGACACAUGGACAUUUACUGUACAAAACUAUCUUUGGAGGGGGAAUUUACAAACGCUUACUGUAAGUUUUAUUAUAAGUGUCAAUGAAAACGUGACUGUAUGACUAUUUCAAUCCGUUCAGUAGUCCAGGAAGUCCAAUGUCACAGAGGUCACUGAUACUACUGGACAGGGAACAGAGUGAUUAUAUGAUUAUAUUUAAAGCAGAUAUAGAUAGAUUUUAAAAAGGUCAAUCACCAUAGAUAAUCACGUUCAUUUAAAUGAAUUUGAAGCGUACCUCUGAAGUUCUCAUUAUUGACAAGAAACGCGAGGCAAAUAAAGAAUGGAAAUUCGUGCAGUAUUACGCUACUAUAUUUGGCUGCAGACAGAACCAUUUAAUAAAAACCAUCUUAGAGAAGUUUCACAGAUGAAGGUAUUAUUCGAAUUUGACUUUUUCACUCGUUAUGAAUCGGAUUGCAGAUACAUGAACGUCACAUUUGGUCCCGUUUACAGUGAACCAUCAUUUUGACAGCAGUUAUCUGUUUCAUUUCAAUGCCUCAACUUUAUUUUUGCUGCUAAUGUUUUAUCCGAUUUAGAGAGUUUAGGAGUUUUUCACUCGACGGCUGUCACGGCGAUGGCUAACAGCUGUCGAUAAUAAUUUUAUCAGCUUGGUAUGACUUGGAAAAAUAACCUUUCUUGCCAAAAGGCUCCUUUUCUAAGCAAAUGAAGUGGAGCAUGUGCUGUGUGAUUACAGAAGACUCGGUUCAUUGGUUUUCCACUACCUCUCGUUAUGCUUAGUUAUUUUUUUUCUCAUCUAGUUGUUAAUGUUAAAUGUUUAUUUUGAUCUACUUGAAGCCUAAUACUGUAAAUGAAAUGGGUUUACAAAGAAGAGUAGCAUUUUCUUUUGUUUGUUUGUUGAAUUCUUUUUAGCAUAAUUAUAUAUAUAUAUAUAUAUAUAUAUAUAUAUAUAUAUAUAUAUAUAUAUAUAUAUAUAUAUAUAUAUAUAUAUAUACACACUUAUACUCACAAAGAAUUCAGGAAACGUGCUGUUUAAGGGCUAAUCCCAUAUUGCCUAUGCAAAUAUCUUAAUUGUCAUUUUGGAAUAAUUAGUGACUGAGGAAUGUUUUCCUGAAAAUGGGGGGAACACUGGUUUACAUUUGCCCUUUUCUGAUAUUCCUUAGUCUCUUUUCGGUCUCAUAUUAUGUCAUAUACAAAAUCCUUCUUGACGAAACAGCUACUCAAUUAAGAUUGAAAUAAAUCUGUGUUGUGUCUACUGUGGGUUGACAGUUCACUAUUGAUGUAAAGUGCAUAUUGAAUGUAAGGUACUGUGCAUGCUAAAGUUUAUGGAAAUCUCUGGAGCCGCACUGGGCAGGAGGGAAGUAAUUGAAUUAUUUGUGGAUGAAGCGAGUGUCUAUUGUUGUUUUUAAUGGUGCUUCAGUCUUUUUUGCAAAGGUUGAAGGGCUACUUUGGGCACUUUAAACACGCUUUUCACGAACAAGAAUAUCUACCUCUUGGUUCUGUUCUCUCCGUAUGCUUGAUAUAGAAGAACAACGUAGCUUGCACACAUUUCGAUUGUUUUGACUUGGUGUAGAGCCACAGGUGAACAGGCAGGCGCUUUUUAGGGACUGAAUUGGAGCUCAACCUCAUGUUGCUUUUCUUCCUGUUUAAACAAAGGAUUGACAGUUUGUGCCCAAGCAAAGACACGUAUUCUGCGUAAAGAAAACGCUCAUUUACUCCAGCAUCUGUUAUAGCAUGUGCUUGCGUUAUGUGAUAUUGUUGUUAUUACAGAAAAGAAGUGUUAGCAGCGCUCAGUAGUCACGGCAUUACUGGUGUGCUACACCUUUCCCAAUUCUCCAUUGUAAGCACAUGAAAUAUGCUCUUUACAUUCAUGAGACAUCAAUGCUAUUGAUUGGAAGGGUUGUGAAUUUUAACGACCCGCAAUAUAUUUGAAUAUUGCGAGGAGGAAGGCUUCAUGUACAUCAGCUUUUCUUUCAUUAAAUCGUUUUUCGCUAUCACAUGGAAUUGGAAAGAUAUCUGGUAACGUUUUUCACAUUCAAAUGUGUUGCCUGACUGUAAAAUCAUUAUUCUUAGUUCAUUCACUGUCGUCUUUCUAAAGCCUCGUGGUGGAUUCUGAAUUAGUUGUGUUUAUUUGAUCAAUUCACAGUUACUUUCCAAUUGUUCUCAUGAUUAAAACUACGACUACAACUAACUUCACAGAGUAACUUGCUGAAUUUUUUUAAUUUCAACAUUUUAUUGCUAAAACAUUGUGUACCACAAACUUUACAUAUUAAAAAAAACAUAGUUUUGUUGCUUCGUUCACACAAACAACCUGCCAUUGUCUGUGUGUGUGUGUCUGUAUGUAUGUAUAUAUAUAUAUAUAUAUAUAUAUAUAUAUAUAUAUAUAUAUAUAUAUAUAUAUAUAUAUAUAUAUAUAUAUAUAUAUAUAAGAUUAGAAGUGAUAUAGAGCAGCCCUGUGUACAUUCAUGCUAUGGUAAAAAGGAGAAUUAUUAAUAGAAGUGCUAUAAUUUCAUGGCAUCUUUCAGACUCUGGAGGCAAACUGACUUCUGUAUCACAGUUUAUCACAGUCACCCUGAAGUGCCUUGAAUGUUUAGGCCAUGGUUUAUGAUUUAUAGGGAAGAUGUUCGUCUUUUAAAUCCUGCGCUCUUCUCUAGGAUUGAAUGCAUGAUGCACGCUGUAAGCAAAGGUCAUUUGCACAUGCAGGAAGACGUUAAAGCCAAGAUUUUUGGAAAUAAGUGUGAACUGAUAGCAUUUUAGCAUUUUAGCCGUUCAGCUUCUGUUAUUGUCCUCUGCUCAAAAGAAAACAAAAUCAUCACCAUCUUGAAGUUGUGCUUAUUAUAUAAGUGUUUGGUGCUUAUUAUCUGUCACAUGAUGAAAUAUCAAACCUGCCAUCCCAUUGUCACGGUAUUUUUUACAGACUUGCCCUGUUUGGUUUUUCCUUGGAUCAGACACAGAUCAGGCCUUCACUGAAGGCAUUCUUUAGAGCUGUGCCAUGAUAUGAGUCUUAAUAAAUCACCUAUUUUAAUAGAAACGAUCAAGUAUUUAAUCAUAAUUCCGUUGUUUUUAAUACCAGGGGACAAACUAUAAUGCCUUUGUAAAUUAUAACAACUCAUAGAAGAAAAAUGAUAUUUUAUAUCUGGCAUGCUUUUGCUAUUUAAAAUAGUUUAGUUAACACAAUACUGUACAAGUAUAUAUAGAAGUACUGCAGUCUGCAGAAAAUAACACUGAAUCUCUCGGAAGAGUUUUAAAAAUGGAUAUAUAUUGGAAAUAUUAGACGUUUCUUUAUACGGUAUUCUGUGCUGAAGUCUCAAAACUUGGUGAAAUGACUGAAAUGACUUUUAGCAAUGAAAUUAGUUUAUUGUAAAGCGAUGCGGUUUCGUUCAAGAAAGGCAGUACUGGUUUAUUCAAAGUUGAGCCCUUGCGAAUGGGCAUCUUUCAGAUCACAUGUACUCCUGCAUGAUCACUUUAAAAACAGAGAACAAAUGUAUUUGUAGACAUCAAAUAAAGUGACUUACAAUAUG